AUGGCUGCGAAGGAGGAGGAUGGAGGAGGAGGAGGAGAGCAGAAGGGGAAAUUCGUGUACAGGUCCUUUGACGAGUUUUACAAAUAUAAAAGAUAUUUUGAGGAACACGAGGUGGAGGUGAAGAGGGACGCGAUGAAGUCACUCCGCAAGUGUGGCGGGAGUGGUGUAAGCGGUGGCAAUGGUGUAAGCGGCGGCAAUGACGUAAGCGGUGGCAAUGACACACGUGCUCAUAACGAUGUGCACCCGCCUAACAACGCGCACGCUGCUAACGCGCAGGGAGACCGCGGAGAUCACCGGUACUCGUACAUCAAACUCAAAACGGAGAGACAAGGCACCGUCAAACAGCUGAAGGAGUACUUCCAGAAAAUGCAGCAGGACCAUGUGCAAAAGAGAAACAACGAGAUGCUUCUGAAGAGAGACAAGAAGGGCGCCACAACAGUUGCCGACAAAGGGAACGAACGUGUAGUGAAUAGCGGCAACACCCUUUUGGAAAAAAUGGAACACGAGAAGAGGUGCUACCCCCCUGAGCAUGACCUUCACACGACGCUUUACCCCUGUGCUGGCGGAGGAGAAGCGAGUCAUGCCACGAUCGGCGCCGUUAGCGGA